AACUGACCUCAACAUCCUCCAGUCGCAGCCAUGUGUUAAGAAUGACGUCAUUCACACUGGACCGAAACUCUCGGCUGAUUGGUCGAAGGAGCAUAACGUCUGUCUCUGAUUGGUCCGUUUUUGUACGUAUGUCAUACAUGCGACGGAAAUGGCGGGCACGUGACUUGCUCCCUCAUAGGCAAUAAUAACAAGCUGGAGAUGAGAGAAGAGUGAGACUAUGGGGUUGUAAUUGUGUCUGUUUUUUUCACCAAAGACUUCGUUUAAGUUGUGUGGUAGUGUGUGGUUUUUUUCUCUCGAGGAAAAUGAGUAUCAACGGGAACGCUCACACCGAGGCGACCGAAGCGACGCCACUGUUAAAUAGAGGGAUUAAAGGCGCUUCCUUUGCCUCGUCAGUGUUUAACCUGAUGAAUGCGAUCAUGGGCAGCGGUAUUCUGGGUUUAGCUUAUGCCAUGGCAAGCACCGGCAUAGUUGGCUUCUGUAUCCUGUUGAUACUUGUAUCCAGCCUUGCAGGGUAUUCCAUACACCUCCUCCUCAAGCUUUGUGAUCUGACAGGAAUCAAUUCAUAUGAAGAUCUUGGAGGACGAGCGCUACAAAAACCAGGAAAAGUUCUCGUUGCAGUUGCUAUCCUCGUCCAAAAUGUUGGCGCCAUGUCGUCAUAUUUAUUCAUCUUGAAGUCAGAGCUUCCUGCAGCCAUCACCAGUUUCCUAAGUCCAGACCAGUCCGGAGAGACAUGGUAUCAAGAUGGCAGACUGCUGCUGAUCCUCAUCACACUAUGUGUCAUCCUUCCUCUUGCAAUAUUGCCAAAAAUUGGUUUUCUGGGCUACACUAGCAGCCUGGCCUUCUUCUUCAUGCUGUACUUUGUCAUUGUGGUCGUGGUCAAGAAAUGGUCAAUCCCCUGCCCACUGCCACAAAAUGUGACCAAAGUUCAAGGUGUAUUUCAGGUAUCAAAUUUCUCCAACUCAGAUUGCACACCCAAACUCUUUGUCAUCUCCAGUCGCAGCGCCUAUGCCAUUCCCACCAUGGCCUUCUCCUUCCUGUGCCACACAGCCAUCCUACCAAUCUACUGCGAACUGGACCGACCAACUAAAACAAAGAUGCAGAAUGUGACCAACGUCAGCAUCAGCCUCAGCUUCCUACUCUACCUCAUUUCUGCCCUCUUUGGCUACCUCACAUUUUAUGCUCACGUGGACUCUGAGCUAUUGCUUGGCUACGACGCAUACAUGCCACGCGACAUCAUGGUGAUGACUGUUAGGCUCGCCAUCCUCAUCGCUGUGUUGUUGACCGUACCUCUAAUUCACUUCCCGGCUCGCAAAGCCAUCAUCUUGCUCCUCCGUGGAAAUCAUCCAUUUUCCUGGCUGAUCCACAUCACAACAACUUUGGUCAUCUUGGGCACAGUCCUGAUGCUGGCCAUCUUUGUGCCUGAUAUCAGAAAUGUUUUUGGAGUAGUGGGAUCAACGACAUCCAGCUGCCUCCUGUUUGUUUUUCCUGGCAUCAUUUACCUCAAGAUUAGCUGCCAGCCUCUCCGAUCUUUUGACUCCAUCGGGGCGAUGGCUCUGGUGGUCUUCGGUGUGAUUAUGGGCGUCAUCAGCUUCUCGAUCAUUGUCUUCACGUGGAUACAAAGCUUUUAGCCCUCAUUCACACAUCACUAAGCUUAAGGGUGAACAGAGAGGUUGCUACCAAAUAACUUGGAUGAAAUAAAGGGACAGGUGCUAAUCAAGUGUACCUCUGAAGACACCUUAUUUAUUGUGCGCCAAACAAAACAACAUUGUUUCCUGCAGACACUCUAAGAGAUGGGCACAAUAUUCGAUUUGCGUGAUCAUUAUUUUAAGGGUUUACAUUUUAACUUUCCACAAUUGCAACUCUUCCAGCAAAUCACAAGAGUAUUACCAAAAAUAUUUGAAAUAGUCGGAACUGCAAAGUAAUUUACAGCCUAAUCAAAUUGCAUUUUUGCACAUAGGCAUGUUUGAUUUUACAAUUUAAGUUGACUCGCUGAAAGCUGCAGCUAUAUGUCACCGGCUCAAAAAAUGCAAGAACAUUAUUGGCUAGCAUAUGUUACCGACAGGUUUAACAAAUCAAUGUCUAUAUUUGACAUAAUUUGAAGCAAAACAUGUGAAAAUUGCCAUUCGGACAGUAUUUUAUUUAAUUUAAAAAAAUAAAAAUAAAAAUUCUCCACUCGGGCUGAUGUAACAGUUGGUUGGGAGGCGCAUAAUAAAUGAAAAUAACAUAACAUAACAUAUAAGAUGGCGGUUGCUCGGGCUCUCGAUCAUUCCUGUGUCUUGCAAACGUGCAUGCCUAUUUCACAAGCACACAUGCCAAAUCACAGAAAACUAAAUUAUUUAAAAACAGAUGCUCAGGUUACUAUUAUGCUGCUGUACGUUUGAGUGGAAUUCUUUUGUAACAUAACAUAGGCUAUAUUGCUGUGUGCGUCUGUAUUAGAGGGGCAUAGCUUACAUGGUGGAACCUGUCCCGGUGGCAUGGGCGAGCUUGGCCAGAGUCAGACAUGCCACUGUGGGCUGGAAGCUGUUUAUUUUAUUUGGUUUUUGCUUUUUACAUCAGAGCAGGUAAAAAUAAGACAAUAACUAAUCAAAACAAAGGCAGGUUGACUAAGACGAUUACACAAUUAACUGACAUGGUUAACGAAUAAAAAAAGACAAAAAUGUUGACAAAGUAAUUUUGUCUUGUCGAUGAGUGGGAUGAGUUCGGAAUAUAUCCAAUCUCAGCUCUUUAACAGCGUACAUAUGAAAGCGAAGUGGGGGUUAGUUACAAAGGAGAACCAAUCAGAUAAUUUUCCUUGUGAGAUGAAGAAGUUUGAUUUCUUAUUGCUGAAACAAAAAUGUUUGUAUCUUGGACAUUGUACAAACCCCGUUUCCAUAUGAGUUGGGAAAUUGUGUUAGAUGUAAAUAUAAACGGAAUACAAUGAUUUGCAAAUCCUUCUCAACCCAUAUUCAAUUGAAUGCACUACAAAGACAACAUAUUUGAUGUUCAAACUCAUAAACUUUAUUUAUUUUUUGCAAAUAAAAAUUAACUUAGAAUUUCAUGGCUGCAACACGUGCCAAAGUAGUUGGGAAAGGGCAUGUUCACCACUGUGUUACAUCACCUUUUCUUUUAACAACACUCAAUAAACGAUUGGGAACUGAGGAAACUAAUUGUUGAAGCUUUGAAAGUGGAAUUUUUUCCCAUUCUUGUUUUAUGUGGAGCUUCAGUCGUUCAACAGUCCGGG